GCCACUCAGUAUGGGCACCUCUUCAGUUUUACUGAAUGCAGGAUUAAAAAGAUAAGGAGGCUGCAAAGCUCAGAAUCCUCAGAACUCGACCUGCCCUGACAGCGUCUGAGCCACCAUGGGAACCCGAGGUGACGUGUAUCCAUUGGGGCUCUGCAUCGCCCUGUGCCUGUGGGGCACCGUGGCCCAGAAUCAUGGCGUACAAGGUACCACUGGGGACUGCAACAACCAUACGCUGUGCCCAGCAAACGCCAAGUGUGUGAACAGCUCCCACUGCACCUGCCUGGAUGGAUACCAGACACAGGGGAAUCGCUUCUUCACUGACCCAACAGAGACCUGUGACGAUAUUAACGAGUGUCUGGGGCUGAGCCCGGCAGACUGCGGACGCAGCGCACACUGCACCAACGCGCCUGGGAGUUACUACUGCACCUGCAUCGAUGGCUACGAGCACAGCUCUGGGAAAGCCAAGUUCAUGAACGCGAGUGAGGACAGCUGCCAGGACAUUGACGAGUGCCAGCGAAACACCACAAUCUGUGAGCCCCACGGGAACUGCAUCAACAUGCCAGGGAGUUACAUGUGUAAAUGCAAAAUUGACGAGUGUAACAAGACCCCAGAUAUCUGCGGCCCCAACGUCACGUGUAUCAACACCAUCGGGAGCUACUGGUGUGACUGCUGGGCCGGCUACGUCCCCUCCAACAGGAACACGACCCUGUGCCGAGAGCUCAUCUGCCCCCCGCUGCUGGGUGAUGACAGCUCUGCCGGAGCCAAGAACCUCCUAGGCAGCUUCCAGGCACAGGUGGGAAGUCUCUGCCAGGUGAUGCUGAAGGAGCUGAAGCAGAUGAACUCUCAGAACGCUGAGUGGAAGCUGCAGGGCUUCUUGAACAUUCUGGAGAAGCAGAUAAAUUUGGUCGGGCACCAGAGCAAGAGUGUGGAGUGGAGACACCGGAUCGCGACGGAGCUGAUGGCCUUAGUGGAGAAGAUGCUGAGAACGCUGGCCCUGACCGUGCGUGACAACAUGAUCACAUCCCCCAGUGGCACAGAGCUGGGGCUGGUGGUCAGGCAGGCUGGGAACCAGAUCCAGGAGACCGUGACGCUGCAGCAGAGCAAGACGCAGAUGGACUUAAAGUGGGCCGGAGCCCCAGGGCAGAAAAAUGAAGGCUUCACGCUGGCUGGGCUGCUGACAUACCAGGGGAUGAGCCCCAUCCUGGAUGGUGCUGGGUGGGUGGAGGCGCCCGAGUGGGACGAGAUCAGCCGGACGGGAAAGUGGGCGCAGGAGCUGGGGCGGCCCAGCUACCGUGUGCUGUCUCCGGUGGUGUCGGCCUUCAUCAGUGACCCGAACCCCCAGGCACUUGGCCUCUCCGUCAGCAUCCGCUUCAGCCACCCGGUGCCGGAGAACAAGACCGGCCUACGUCUCCUCUGCGCCUACUGGAAGCCUGACAGCAGGUGCUGGGCCACCGACGGCUGCACCCUGCAGAAGUUGAAAGCCACCAUCACCCACUGCCAGUGCAACCACCUGACCAGCUUCGCCGUGCUCAUGGCCUUCUAUGAGCUGGAGGAGAGCUACCCACUGACCAUCAUCACCUACGUGGGACUGACCCUCUCUCUGCUGUGCCUCUUCCUGGCCAUCCUCACCUUCCUCCUGUGCCGCUCCAUCCGCAACGUCAGCACCUCCCUCCACCUGCAGCUCUGCCUCUGCCUCUUCCUGGCCGACCUGCUCUUCCUCACCCAGGUGACCCGCCCCGGCAGUCAGUGUCCCUGGGCUCUCUGUCUCCCCCAGGUGGCGUGUGCUGUCAUUGCUGGCCUCCUGCACUAUCUCUUCCUGGCCUGCUUCAGCUGGAUGUUCCUGGAGGGGCUGCACCUCUUCCUCACCGUCAGGAACCUGAAGGUUGUGAAUUACACCAGCGCCAGCCGGUUCAAGAAGAGAUUCAUGUUCCCGUUCGGCUACGGAUUCCCAGCCCUGGUGGUGGCUAUUUCUGCAGCGGUGAAUCCUGGUGGCUACGGAACUUCCGAACACUGCUGGCUCAGCCUGGACAGAGGCUUUCGCUGGAGCUUCCUGGGUCCAGUCUGUGCCAUAAUCCUGAUAAAUAUAACGUUCUUUGCCCUGACCCUGUGGAUCCUGAGAAACAGACUCUCCUCCCUCAAUGCAGAUGUGUCCACCCUCAGAGACCACAGGUUACUGACCUUUAAAGCCAUCGCCCAGCUCUUCAUUCUGGGCUGCACAUGGAGCCUUGGUCUCCUCCAAGUUGGCCCAGAAGCCACGGUCAUGGCGUAUUUAUUCACCAUCGUCAACAGCCUGCAGGGAGCCUUCAUCUUCCUGGUGCACUGUCUCCUCAAUCGCCAGGUGAGAGAGGAGUACAGGAGAUGGAUCAAGGGAUUCCGAAUGUUCAGCAUGAAAUCUCAGACAUACGAUCUGUCCAUGUCUGCUGUCCCCACCACCAGCACCAAGACGGUGUCACCCGUCUGCCAGGUGGAGGUAGCAGCAACCAGGGCCAGGUUCAAUACCUAGGGGUUCCAAUAUGAAACAGAACCAGCUGGAGCCCCCUGUGAUGUUGCACUCCAUAUGGUUUAUGGAAAUACGCUUAUAAAUAUGACAUAAUUAGAAUAUACUUUACGUUAAAUACCCCUUCUAUGGUGUCUUUCAAAAGCUUGUAAUCUGCUAAGUGUGUUCAUCCUAUAUGUUUGCAUGUGUUAUUUCUAUAUCUAGAAUUAGAAGAAUAAGAUAUAAACUUGUAUCACCGAUGUAAACAUAUUAAGUGGAGGCCAUUAAGGGUGCUCCAGAA